CUGCGCACCGGUAGAAAAAUGGCGGAACUAGCAGACGACAUCGUCCUGAGUUUUCACGAUUCUUGCCUCAGAAAUUCCGACGUCAGGCUCCUGCAGCCGCCCAACUGGCUGAAUGAUAAGAUAUUAGGCUUUGCCUUCGAGUAUUUUGAAAGGGUGCAGUUUGAGGAAUUUUCGUCAGAUGUCACUUUUAUCAGCCCUGACGUCACGCAGUUCAUUAAGUACAGCCAAGGAGAUGACCUGGCCCCAUUUCUAGAACCACUGGAGCUCUCUUGUAAAAAGUAUAUUUUCCUGGCUGUCAACGAUAACAGCAACAUAGAGUCUACAGGUGGCUCUCACUGGAGUUUACUACUAUACAGACGGGAUGUGGCAGAAUUCCAACAUUACGACUCCUCUCAUGGAAGUGGUAACACAGCAGCCGCAAAACUCCUAGUUAAAAGAGUUCAGCCUUUCCUAGGAGAAUCAUCAAAGAUUACCUUCAAGGAGAUGGAUGCUCCACAUCAGCAAAAUAGUUAUGACUGUGGAGUCUAUGUCAUCAGCAAUACUGAACACCUGUGCAGACAGCUUCUCCAGGGGGACAGCAGUCACAUCAAGGAGACAGUCACAAGUGCAAGUGUCAAGCAGAAAAGAAAACAACUUCAGGAACUGAUACGCUCCUUAGGCAGAUAGUCUCAAAUUUCUAAGUGCCAGCUUUCUUUGAGAGGAUGCCCUAAUGCUACUACUUUGGCAUAUGGAGUCCAUAUAUAUAACGUUAUGCAUCUAGUAAGAUGCAGCCAUGGCUUUUGUAUGAGGGAUAAACAAGUUGAACAAUCCAUGAAUUGGCUACCACUUUCAUUUAUGAUACCUUAAUAAAUGCUUGAGU